AUGCGCCGCGGAGCCAAACAGGAGGGGUUCAGCAGGCAGCAAAGAAAGCACGAACAGAAGCGUCGAACUGAUCCGUGGAUCUGGGGAAACAAGACGCUCGUCUUGUCCACCGCCUCGGAGCAGUUUAUCCGCUCCGGCCACCGAGUCCAUUCCUCUAACCAUCCAACGACAGCUACCAAACUCCCCGCGUCUGUUUCCAACUGGCCUUUUCAUUCAUUCGUCUUCAGGUUCUCCGAGGUCGCCAUGGCUGUUAGGUAUCUUCUCGGUGUCCCCACGACUGCCCUUGUGGUGGUCGGAUUGUAUAUGCUCUUCCAGGGCGAAGGCGAAGCUUUCAAUGUCGGCCGUUUCCUUGAGGAGGUAUCUCCUUUCGCCUUUGCGAACAUCGGUAUUGCGAUGUGUAUUGGUUGUUCGGUAGUUGGAGCUGCAUGGGGUAUCUUCUUGACCGGCUCUUCGAUCGUUGGUGGUGGUGUUCGGGCGCCUCGCAUCCGCACUAAGAAUUUGAUCUCUAUCAUUUUCUGCGAGGUCGUGGCCAUCUACGGCGUCAUCAUGGCGAUCGUUUACUCUGCAAAGCUCAACGCGGUCCCCGAGAGCGAGAUCUACACCCAGAGCAACUACUAUACGGGAUAUGCACUCUUCUGGGGCGGUAUCACUGUUGGAUUCUGCAACCUGAUUUGCGGUAUUUCUGUGGGUAUCAACGGCAGUGGUGCUGCUCUCGCCGAUGCCGCCGACCCAACACUGUUUGUCAAGAUCCUUGUCAUUGAGAUUUUCAGUUCCGUCCUGGGACUGUUCGGUCUUAUUACUGGCCUGUUAGUGGGCGGUAAGGCCUUGGACAUUGGCGCGGCCUAA